AUGAAUGCGAAAAAUUUCAUGCGAUGGAUGAUUGAAAAAAUUCUUUCUAACUUGCCACUUAAUUGCAUCGUGGUUAUGGAUAAUGCACCAUACCAUUGCACUCAAAUAAAUAAAGCACCCACAAUGAGCAAUUUAAAAGCAGAAAUGCAGCAAUGGCUUUCAAAUAAUAGUAUUCCAUUUGAAGAUUACUGGAUAAAACCACAGUUGUACGAAUUAAUAAAAAAACACAAAGGAGAACCAGUCUAUGAAGUCGACUUUUUACUAAAUCAACAUGGACAUGAGGUCGUGCGCUUACCUCCUUAUCAUUGUGAUUUGAAUCCCAUCGAAAAAAUAUGGGCUACAGUCAAAAGACGCGUUGCAGAGAAAAAUGUAAGUCAAGCUACAAGUGAAAUAUCCUCUAUAACUGAAGCAGCGUUUAGUACUAUAACUACGGAGGAAUGGAUUAAUGUGUGUCAACACGCAGAAAAAAUGGAAGACCAAUAUUUCGAAUCCGACAGGCUUAUGGAUAUAGAAUUCGACAAAUUUAUAAUUGAUCCUACAAGUGACGAUGGAAGCUCAGACUCUUCGGACGAUGAAAUAAGUGAAGAUUCAGAAAAUGAUACAAUGGAAGGCAUUCAACCACUUGAGGACCACACUUAUGCAAAAUUUUAA